CGGACAUGUUUCCCAGGGCAGGGCCUGGCCCCAACUUGGAGGAGUUGUGUGUGCCAACUUCGUGUGUAGUCAGAACGCGAUUUGGGGUUCUCAUCCCCACUUUUUGCAGUGCGAGGCCGGUGAGACGGAGGUGGAGCUCGGGCUUCCGGUGAGGAGAUCAUGUUGAAUUCUUGUAGGGCUUACUAAGGCAGCAUGCCGCCGUGCCCGGGGACCGUGCACUCUACCGGUCACAGUUAUCAUGUGAACUAAUACAUGGGAGACUUCCCAAAUGCAGUUUUAAUUUACAGUGUUCCUUGGAAUAAAGAUAAACUUGUAAUCAAACAAAGGCAAACCCUGCCUCUGGGAAGGUGAAGUAUCAGCCACAGAGGCAGCAGUUUACUUCAGUGUUUACUUUAGCAAAACCUCACCAACUCCCACGGCGUGGAAGCCCCAUAGUUUACUUGAAUGAAUGAAUUUCACUUGGACUGUCGGUGUUGUGAAGGCUGGGAAGAACACGACUGUCAUUGCUUACAGCUAUUACAGAUUAAAUACAGAGAGGUGGCAUGUAGCCUGUAGCUUUCUUCUGCUCUGGUUUCUCCCCAGUGCUGCAUGUAUGGAUGUGGGGAAAAAGAUUUAGGAUCCAUCCCUGCUCCAGGGAAAUAGUCCCCUAAACCUUUUGGCGCCUGAUCCUUGUUUCUGGGUAGUGGGCUUCGUCAGGGAUCUUAGGUGAGAAUCCAGGGCUGGGCCACGGGAUCUGCCAAGUUAUGUACCUGACCUGGAGCUUUUCUCUUCAAAGCAUCUGUAAAGUAGCAUUUCGCAUCUCUUUAAAGAUACUGCUUCUGUUCCCCUAUAUCUUUUAAGACUCCUCCAAAUUGGUCCCUGGCCCCGCUCCUUCCCCUUCUGACCAUGGAAACUCAAACACUGUCUCCCUCAGGCAAUCAUCUGAGUGUCCUGCCUUGUUAGGACACCUGCAGGGAGUGGCAAGGCAGGGGUUUGGGUGCCAGCCUAAGCACCGGGUGUGGUGUGGAAAAAAAACGCUGCUGUACCAACUGGAUUCCAAGCCAUUUACCUUCCAUGCUCCUCUCUGGCCUUGUUUUGGAAUGGAUAAGCCCAGUUUUUAAGAGCUGUUUCAGAGAACAGAAACCAAGUGUCUUCAUGACCUUCUUGUGUAACUUCACUCCGCAGAGAAACUCGGCUUUUUCCUUUUUUUUUUUUUAAACCACCGUGGACAGUUUUAGGAAACCUUGUGUUACUAAGAGAGCCUUUUAUUUUGCUUAUUGAGUUAAUUGUGUGAAAAUCAGGAAGUACACUGAAACGUGGCAAAGCCUUUAUGUCCAUUUCUGCGUUCUUGGUGGUCUCUGUCAUUCUCAAGAACAUGUGUUCAGAAGGAACGUGUGCACGGCCGCUGGGAAUGUGCCGCCUCUCUUGUGACCUCUCACAGUUGUACAGGUGACACUCAUGUUUGUGGUACCUGUGUACUUUUGUAGAAUUACUGUUUUAAUGAGGAAUCAGUGUGACUUUCUUAAAUGGCUGUUUUGUUGAUAUCUGAGUGACCAUAUGUAAGAUUUCAGUUUUCACAUUGCACACAGAGGACGUGAUGUGCUUUAGGGUGUCCAUUUACCAGCAUAUUGUGGUCUUGAACAGGCUUUGGAUCUCUUGAGUCUUCCUUAAAUGUAUCUAAAUCCACCUCACAGUUAGAGUAAGCAUAUAUUUUAUUUGAAGUAAAUCCAGACUCCUAAUUGGACUACGGAGUUUCUAAUAGGUUUGUGUUAUCUUAUAUCAUGGUCAUACCUGGCACUUCCAUUCCUCAGCAUUCCAAACUGCUUUCCAGCACCAGCCUUAGUACAGUGGUUCUGCUAAUGCACAGUGUCCAUCUGGCUGCUUUUGUGGGAGGGUUAUACUCAGGCCUUCCUGCCACUGUCCAUACCUCAGAAAACCUUCCUAAGUAUCUGAUGGCUCUUAAAGUAACAAAUUGGCAUGUUUCCUUUAGACAUUGUUGUUUCAUUACCCUUUCUGAUCUGUUUUCAUACAGGCUCCAGGAGGGUAUUAUGCCUGCAAUCAUCCCUUCCCUCUUUGUGUCCCCAACAUGUUCGUGGAACUUGGCCAGUCUCCCCUUUUUGUCUUUAACACAUCCUGUGGAACUUGCGCACUGUGCAGGGACCUGCUGUACAGAAGUGUAUGUAGUUCUCACAUUACAGACAGGUUCAUUAGGUAGCCUUUGGUUUAGUGUACUGUGUCCUUGUUCAAGGUGUUCUGCUCAGGUGAAUAGAUCAUAACACUAAUAAAAACGAAAGACUUGUAUCCACAUGACCCAGAUGCCCUUCACAAAGAGAACCAUUUCCGGUGGAACCAGACCAGGUUAUGGCACAGAUGAGAUCUGCCUCACUUUUGUAAGUGUUGUUACUUGUCAGUGUGGAAGGUAAGUGUUCCGGAGCACAUUUCCUCGGUGUUUCUUUACACAGCUUAGUGAAAUCAAGCCUCACUUAUCCAGAACCUCUCGGCAGCCUCAGUUUUAAACAAAUCAAGCAAGAAGGAAAAACCAAUUUUGAAUUAGACAUGCCAGACAGUUAGAAGACUGAUUGCAGUCUCUCACAGGGAUACAAAUCUAGAUUGAAUUUUAACAUGUUUGAUUUUGUAGAAUAGCUUUUUAAAAAAAGUUUUGUUUGUUUUAUCUGUGAAAUAUUAGUUUCUGGGAAUUGAGAUGAAAAAUUGAGACAGUGCAUGUACUAUGUUGGGGCUUAGAAUAUGGCAAGUGAUAACAGGAGUAAUUAGUUUAAAAUGUGCUCUGGCUGGUCAAGAGGAACCAGCACUGUCUCCACAUGAUGCAAACCUUGUUAAAGAAGUCCAAUGUGGAAAAGGGUGUAAGACACCGUGACAAGGGGAGUGGCCAUGGCAGGUGAAAGCGACUGGGUGACUGGUGGUGUGCAAGCAGCUAGGAUGUGUGUGGGGAGGGUGGUCCACAGGCCAUAAUGUGCAUGCCAUUAGAGCUUGACUAUGAACUCAGUAGUCUUGGUUGGUGUGAGUCUUCUCUGCAGUUCCUUGACAUGUGGUGUGAAGGUGUCUUACUCCUCUUUACAGCCACCACACUAACGUAUUGUUUUAAAAUUAGAGAAAAGAUUUUGAAGACAGUUGUAAUGAUUAUCUAUUUUCCCACAGCCAACUCUUGGUUGUUAGAGAAAAAAGAAAGAAGUGAGGGUAUAUAAGAUGUCACUGAAGACCUUAUGGCAGACAGUAAUAUUAAUAUCAUCAGUGGAUCCUAAGGGCAUCAAUGCCAUCCUGAAGUUUUAAACAGGUUUUUAUUUUUUGUGGGAGAAUGGUAGUAUGCUGGUCAGAUUUUUGUCAACUGGACACAAGCUACAGUUAUUUGGGAAGAGGAACUCUAAAUUGAGAAAAUGCCUCCAUAAAAUUUGCUUGUAGAAAAUAGUUCCAGAGGUUAAUUGAAGCUAGGCAGAAUUCACCCAUGCGGCAUUGAAAUCACUCCCGAUGUUUGAGAAUAUCUGCUCCAGAGAGGAACUGACCCAUUUGGAUUAGGUAACUAGUCACAAUGAAGAAAAUCAGUCUGAAAACCUUCAGGAAAUCUUUCAACCUGAGUAAAAGCAAAGACGAAGCCGAGUUCAUGGUGGUUCAGCCCCAGUCCCUUGCUGGCGACUUCGUGAGAGAUGACUCCUUAUUUGGGAGCUGCUAUGGCAAAGAUGUGGCCAGCUGCGACCUUGGCAGUGAGGACGACAAAGGGAAGAGCAGGUCCAAAAGCGAGAGCCUCAUGGGCACCUUGAAGAGGCGGUUGUCUGCCAAACAGAAGGCCAAGGGCAAAGGCGGCACUGCGCCCACCGAUGAGGACUCCUUCUCCUCAGCCUCAGCGCCUGGUGGCCUCAAAGAAGUGCGUGCCCCGCGGCCCAUCCGCUCCACAUCACUGCGCAGCCACCACUACAGCCCAACGCCCUGGCCGCUGCGUCCCACCAGCUCGGAGGAGACGUGCAUCAAGAUGGAGGUGCGGGUGAAGGCGCUGGUGCAUGCUGCCAGCCCCGGCCCAGUCAACGGUGUGCGCAAGGAGCUGCGGGACCUGCAGCCCAGGGAGCUGCGGGACCUGCAGCCAGAGCCGCGCCCGGAGUCCCGCUGCAGUCCCGGCUCCCCUGGGGACCUGCGCCUCCACCUGGAGGAACACGUGCCUGUAGUUAUCGGACUCAUGUCUCAGGACUACCUUCAGUACACCGUGCCUUUAGACGACGGGCUGUGCCCUCUGGAAGGGCCGCGCAGCUGCUGCCUGGAUACGUCCUCUCCCAUGGAGGUGUCGGCCGUGCCCCUGCCAGGGGCCAGUGUCGCCUGCUCCGAAGACGACGGUCAGCUGGACCAGGACCUGGUGGUAGGCCCAGAGAUCCUUGUGGAUUCAUCGGGAAACGACUUGUUGAUUGGCACCGCAGGAGUCGUGUUGCAGAGCCCUAGGGCAGGUCACGAUGACGCCCCUCCCCUCUCACCAUUGCUACCUCCACUGCAGAAUAACCCAAUCCAAAGGAACUUCGGCAGCCUCUCCGGCCAGGACAUGCACAUGGCUGACAGCGUUCGCUGCCAUUUGAACUUCGAUCCUAACUCUGCCCCAGGGGUCUCGAGGGUUUAUGACUCAGUGCAGAGUAGUGGCCCGAUGGUUGUUACAAGUCUCACAGAGGAGCUGAAGAAGCUUGCAAAACAGGGCUGGUACUGGGGCCCCAUCACACGCUGGGAGGCAGAGGGGAAGCUGGCGAACGUGCCAGAUGGGUCUUUUCUUGUUCGGGAUAGUUCUGAUGACCGUUACCUUCUAAGCCUGAGCUUUCGCUCCCAUGGGAAAACACUUCACACUAGAAUUGAGCACUCGAACGGCAGGUUCAGCUUUUAUGAACAGCCAGAUGUGGAAGGGCACACAUCUAUAGUUGACUUAAUUGAGCAUUCAAUCAGGGACUCUGAAAAUGGAGCGUUUUGUUAUUCAAGGUCUCGGUUGCCUGGAUCUGCGACUUACCCGGUCAGACUGACCAAUCCAGUGUCACGGUUCAUGCAGGUGCGCUCUCUGCAGUAUCUGUGUCGCUUCGUUAUACGUCAGUACACCAGAAUAGACCUAAUUCAGAAACUGCCUUUGCCAAACAAAAUGAAGGAUUAUUUGCAGGAGAAGCACUACUGAGAGAUUGGGGUUCAGAAACGAGACUGGAGUACAGUUUACAGACUUACUUCGCCAUUGAGGUCUUUGCUGCCAUAACUUUUAGUUUUUAUGUGUGAAAGAGUCAUCUAUUUGUUCAGGGGUGGGGAUAUGUCUGCCAGGCGUCUUGAGUUUAUUUUGGUUCUUGGAAAGGGAUGUUUUGAGGGUCUAGAAGUGAGAGUUAUCUUUCCUUAAUGUGCAGAGUAAUCACAAUGUGAAUGACCAGAUUCUCCUUAACGCCCCACCCCCCAGUCCUUUGCUGCUAUCCACUGUGAUUCUUAUGCAUUAAAGCACAUUUCAUGUGUAUUCAAUCCUAAGUAAAAUUGAAUGAAACUUAAAGAAAUAUGAAUUGCUAGGACAUUAAAUGGCCCAGUUGAAUAAACGUGUGUGGGAUAAAGCAUAUUUACAUAUACACUGAAAAAUGAUUUUUUAAGUCUCACACUUUAAAAGAUUUGUUGAAUGAUGAAUUGAUAUAAUCUUGAUUAAUGGAAUGCAAAUCUGCAACAUCUUGUACAACACUUUCCUAAAUUAUUUUUUAAAGAUGUGAUAAUUGUUUUGGUUGUGAGAAGUUGAAUUUUUCUGUUGCCUUCAUUUUCAUCUUGUGGUUUGUCUUUUUUGAUAAAUGGCCUUACAUUAAAAAUCGUAAACAAAUAUAUACCCAAUUUAGAAAUUGUUGCCUUUUCUGUCAUUAAACUCGGGUAUAAAUUGGCAUAACGUAAACCCUAUAAAGCCCAAACCAUUGUUAGAAAGUAAGAUAACCCUGGCUUCUUGUGAGUUGCGUGUGUGUGUGUGGGGGGGUUCAAUUAAAUGUUUUAUCUAUGCUUUCAUCCAUAAACUUGACAAAAAACAAGUUUCAUAAAUGAGUUGUAUUUUCUUACAUUAAAGUUUAUAUAAAGUUGUAAACUGAUUUGAAUAGAAAAAUUAUUUUAAAGUUGAUGGAUCUUUUUCUGUAUAAUCAUAACAAGUUAUGGGUUUGACAGUUCGACCCCCAAACCAACAACCCUGAAUGAUGUCAGUUAAGUAAUUGGAAGUUGUGAUGCAUUGUUUAAGGGAAAAACUAAAACCAUAUUAGAUACACAGAUACAGUUUUCUCCUUGUGACUGCCCUUUAAAGGUAGCAUUUUGGUUUAUUUUAAUUUAACUAAUUCUUAAAUAGUUUGGCAUGUCUAGCUUUUUAUCAUUGUGUUAGAGAAUGAUGUGUCCCGCUUUUAAAAGUUAUUUUGGAAUAUAGACUGUUGAUUUCAAGUUCAGAAUUCUGAAAUGGUGUUAUUAAACUAUUAUAUGAUAGUA